AUGGAUACUGAUAUUGGUGUUUCUCAGCCCUCAAUUGAGGCUGAAGUCCAGCAUGGUGAUGCCUCUACUAGAUAUAAAGGAAUUAGAGUAGAUUGUUCACGUAAUUAUACUAAUGAGUUCACAACGCAUCAGAUUUUUGAAAGUAAGGCUGCAUUACUUCAAUGGAUCCAUACAACAGGAAAGAAAAACAAUUGUGUGAUUGUGAUUGAGAGAUCUGAUUCAGCAAAUUGGGGUAAUAAGAAGAGGAAACCAAAAAUAAGAUUUUGUUGUGAGAGAAGUGGCAAAUACAGAAAGUUUAAGGGGAAGAUCAAGAUGGAUGGCGAAGAUAUCCACAAGUUUCAAGUAGAUAUUAACAAGUCUAAUGAACAACGCCCAAGGUUGACUGCAACAAAGAAAUGUCAAUGUCCAUUCUUAUUGAAAGCCUUCAACAUUGGUGCAGAUGAGUGGAUACUUGAGGUUGCAUGUGGAGUACACAAUCAUGUUGCCCCAUCAUAUCUUGAAGGUCAUUCUUAUGCAGGACGGUUAACUAGAGAAGAACAAGACUUGUUGGUAAAUAUGUCCAAAAGUUUAAUCAGACCCAAAGAUAUACUAGCUGAUAUUAAGAGCAAAGAUCCAAGUAAUACAUCAACGUUGAGAACAAUAUACAAUGCUAGGCAUGUUGCUAGUGUUAGAGCUAGGGCAGGCAGAACUCAGAUGCAACAGUUGCUCAAGAACUUGCAUGACCAUCAGUAUAUUGAGCAUCAUAGGAAUGUAGAUCAUGUGGUCACCGACUUAUUUUGGUGUCAUCCCUUUAGUCUUUAG